AAACCAUAUAUAAGCAAUCUUAUCGUCCAGUAUUCUUUUUAAAUUCAACACUGACCAGUAAAAAUGAUCGCCAUUUUGUCAUUGCUAUGUACCUGUAUAGGAAUUGCUAACGCCAUUGCGAAUGGUCAACCGACGGACAGGGGCGAGUAUCCUUAUGUCGUGUCCAUAUUUGAAGAUAUAUUUCUGAUCGUUGGUGACGCUACGUGCGCUGGAGCCUUGAUUGCCCCUGGCUGGGUGCUUACGGCGGCACAUUGUUACAAUACAAACAAUGACCCAGCAGAUUAUGAAGUAAUCACUGGUAUGUACGAUCUGAACAACCCGGGUGAGGUUCAGGAGCAGUACUUCGACGUGCAGAGUUUCACAAGGCACCCUGAAUACGUGGGAGGUGGUCAACAACUGCAUGAUAUCGCGAUCAUUCAGCUGAGCGGUCAGGCUGAUGUUUCAGGACGAUGGACCAAGACAGUUCCAAUUGGUUCAGCUAGUGCAACGUUCACCAACCAAAACUGUACAAUCAUGGGUUGGGGAGAGACUGAGAUCGGAACCCGAUCUGAGGUUCUAGAUGAGGGAUUUGGACGUAUUAACACAGACCAGGAAUGUGAUGAGAGAUGGACCAACAUCCAGAUGACAGCCAAUCACACAUGUAUCGGUGGGGAUGAUGCAGAGAGCGGAACUGCAAUGUGCAAUGGUGAUGACGGUGGACCACUACAGUGUACCGAGGGUGGAAACAUUGUAGUAGCUGGGGUUGCAUCAUUUGCAGUUGCAACAGCAUGUGCCGAUGCACCUAGAUUGCCAUCUGUCUACACAGAUGUUACAAAAUACAGGGACUGGAUUUGUGCAACAACUAACAAUGAAGUCUGUCAGUAAAAAUAGGCUACCUCUAGACAAUGUAUUGUACAUUGUAAUACUAAUACGUGUAUAAUAUAGUUUAGUUGUCGUAAUUUAAUGGAAUUCAAUGUAAUGAAAAAUAAAUACUGUACGUCUUAUUUAUGUAU